AUGUCUGUUCAGACGACCAUUACACCGCAUAACCAGCAGCCUUAUGUCUCUAGGACUUAUCCUUCGCAACAGGAGAUCGAUGAGGUGAUCCAGAAGGCUGCGGUUGCGCAGAAGGCGUGGGCCAAAGUGCCGUUGAAGGAGAGAGUGGAGAUUGGGAACAAGUUUGUAACAGAGUUUGAGAAGAUGAAGGAGGAGAUUCCGUUGGAGUUGUCGCUUCAGAUGGGUCGACCGGUUUCGCAGGGAGCAGGCGAAGUGCGGGGUUUCCUUGAACGCUCGAAUUAUAUGCUGUCCAUUGCGGAGAGUGCGCUGGCGGAUGUUCCCUUGACGGAUACGGACAAGCCUGGGUUUAGGCGGUACAUCAAGAGGGUUCCCCUCGGUGUCGUCUUUGUUAUCGCACCUUGGAACUUCCCCUACCUUGUCUCAAUCAACUCGGUCCUCCCAGCUAUCAUUGCAGGCAACGCAGUCCUCUUCAAACCAUCCCCCCAGACGCCCAUCACGGCUGAACGAUUCGCGACUGCUCUCACUCGUGCUGGUGUACCACAGGACGUCAUCCAGGUGGUGCAUUUGACACCCGAGUUGACCAACUAUGUGGUGAAGGAUAAGAGGGUUGAUUUUGUGUCGUUUACUGGGAGUGUGAGUGGAGGAAGGAGUGUCGCCGAGGCUGCUGCCGGUGCGAGUGGGUUCAAGGGGGUUGGACUUGAGCUUGGAGGGAAGGAUCCUGCGUAUGUUGCUCCCGAUGCCAAGUUGGAAUAUACCGUGGCGGAGUUGGUAGAUGGCGCGUUCUUCAACUCGGGACAGAGUUGCUGUGCGAUUGAGAGAAUCUAUGUUCAUGAGAAGGUGUACGACCAAUUUGUGGAGAAGUUUGUAGCUUUGACGAAAACGUACAAACUCGGUGACCCAACUCUGGCUGAAACCAACCUUGGCCCAGUUGUCAGCCUGGCAAGUGCAGAGAGGAUCAGGAAGCAAGUCGAAGACGCAGUCAAGCAAGGAGCGAAAGCGCUGAUUCCGGAGGAUCUGUUCCCUAUUGCCAAACCAGGAACGACCUACGUUGCCCCGCAGGUUCUGGUCCAUGUGAAUCAUAGCAUGGGCGUUAUGAAGGAAGAAACGUUCGGUCCUGUCGUUGGAAUUCAGAAGGUCUCCUCGGAAGACGAAGCCAUCAAACUCAUGAACGACUCGCCCUAUGGUCUUACUGCUUCGGUGUGGACCAACGCUGAAGAGAACCCUGAAUCAGAGCGGUUGUUUGAGAAGUUUGUGGAUGAGCUGGAGACGGGGACUGUGUUCCUGAACCGAUGUGAUUACCUUGAUCCAGCGCUUGCGUGGACUGGAGUGAAGGAUAGUGGAAGGGGUGUUAGUCUUAGCAAGUUUGGUUAUGACCAGCUUACGAGGGCGAAGAGUGUGCAUAUGAAGAUCAAGACCGGUUGA